GCCAGUGAAAAAGACCUAUCACUGGACUCAUAUGGAUCGUACUACGAACAGUAAUGUGAACUAUUUUAGGCUAUUAGACUGUGAAAGGGCAUAGAUAAUAAUGUGUCAGGGUUUGAAGAGGAAGAUAACAGAUAAUGAUAUGUUAUGGAGUUGGAGAGGGUAUGAGUGUUAAAACACAAGUGUGCAAGCAGAGACGGUACGAGAAUAGCUAGUGUGUUAGUGGAAGUUCUAUGGUUAUCCCUCUAGUCUUGUGAAACCAGCCUGAUCUCGCGAUAGCUCACAUUCCCGAAGUGAAACUAAACGUGAGCUCAGCGGUCCGUCUGAUUGACCAGGCUGCUAUCCCUCCCCUGUACAACCAGUGAAAUCCCUGUGAUCAAAUAAGAACUAUAACACUACUGUGCUUUGAGACGCAGCUACCCUAUACACGUCCUCCUAGUCGUAAUAAACGUGUGGGAGGGUCCUCAAUUGUAUCGUUUUUAUGAAAUCUGUCAACUGUUUAUGAUACAUUUAUGUGGAUUAUUCUGUGAUUGAUGAUUAUGUGUAUGAGAGAUAUUUUAUGUAUCAGUGCAUAUCAAACAUGUUAUAGCUGUAUGAGCCAUAUAGAAGUGUUAUAAAUAUAUUCAUUAUCAAUUUUCUAAAACAAUGUCCCUUUUUUUCUUGUCUUUGGAAGUUCUGUAUGGUCUUUCUCACCAACUCUGUUAAAGCCUAAAUAAGCAGAAAGCUGUAUAAGGGGUUAUUGAAGGUUUAGGUUGGGAUUGGUGGUUUUUGGCAAUAAUGUGUUUAGGACUGCAUUGCUUGAGGUAGAAGUUGCCCCAACCACAGAUCUAAGAUCAGAUUAUCCUACCCCACAUCCACUUAACCUUUAGGGAGAUGAACAAAUAUCUGACCCUGUAUCAGUGGUUAGGUUUGACUUCUACCCACUCAUAACUACAUCACUGAAUAGUCUAUGCCUAAAAUAUGGACUAGCGCUGUCGUUGUCAACCUGGGAUAUGUAUACCACUGGGGAGACUUGGCCUUUCUCCAGGGGGAUUCAGAAGACACCUCCACAACCACUGUCCCAGCGACUGUCCUGGCUGAGACGCUACGAUAGAAUACACCCUGUGAUGUCACAGAGGAACCUCUCUAGUGGGUGGAGUCCAUAUCUCAAAAACAAACAACUAACACCUGACACCAUUGGACAAUGGAGACAGGAGAGAAAGCGGAGAAAGCAGCUGCGAAGGAGGCCAAGACGGACCUCAAGGAUGUGCCAUCGGCGGUUUUACAUUUCCAGCAGGCAGCAGAGAUGUUAUUCUCGGCCCCGGUGCAGGCUGCUCCAUGCCGGGGAAAGCUAGGCUUUAAGUGGGCGGUGCGCAGCGUCAUCCUGAUGACUCGCUUCUGCCGCUACUUCAUGUCCCGUUCCAACUCUCGCCAAUUCAUGGAGUUCAACUUCCGGGAGACCAUCACCAACCAGCCGGCCGGGGGAACGGGUAAAAAUCUGGUGUUUGACCUGAACCACUUCAAAGUGAAAGAGGACCGGAUCCCUGUUCUGCUGGUGGAGAUUAUGCGGAAGUGCCCAGAGGAGCGUUCUGAGUCGGAGGUGUUGCUGGUUCACAACAUGCUGAGCUCUGUGAGCAUGUUUCGUCGCUACAGUGGAACCCUGCAACUCCUUCUGGCCAGGGUGGUUCGCUAUCAGAGGUUAGAGGUCAAUCCCCUGUCAAUCAAUUGCAAGAAAAUGAGCUUUAAAACUGCAAAAUGUUCUUUUCACCCCAAGACAAAAUGUGCAGAAUUGCAGGAAAUAAGCUUUAACCCUGAAAAAUUCUCUCCACCAACAAGAGGGGUGUGAACAGUUUGUGUCAUGAACAGUGCUUGUGCCCAUAGAAAUAGAUGCAACGUGCACAACGAGGCGCCGGAUGUUCCCCAAUGCUGGAAAGGGAAAGGGGAUACCUAGUCAGUUGUACUAUUGAAUACCUUCAACUGAAAUGUGUCUUCCGCAUGGUCUUCCCUGUGGCUCAGUUGGUA